AGCCUUCUUUAAUGCUCUGCCUCCUCCAGUUGUACCCCUUCCAUUACUCCUUCCAAGCUCAAAAUAAGCCACGCAUUAUUCUUCAAACACAAUAAGGCAAUUCUAGAGAGAGAGAGAGAGAGGGAUUAUUGGGAGAAAAGACAUGAGCUGUGUUGAGGCACGGGCUGUGUUGAAGAGGAAAGGAAGAGAAACAAUGGAGGAAACCCAUUUGCAGGCUUUGUCUUACACUCCCACCAAGGAACAUAGAACGAAGAAGAAGACAGGAAAGGAUCAGGAGGAGAUCAGAAGGGUCGUUAAAGCAAGACGCUACCCUCUUUUGUCAUUCUGGGAGCUGCCGGAGUACAUGAAGGACAACGAGUAUAUUCUCCAUUAUUACAGAGCAAAUUGGCCUCUCAAGCAAGCCCUCCUCAGCGUCUUCCGUUGGCAUAACGAAACUCUCAACGUCUGGACGCACUUGUUUGGGUUUUUGCUGUUUUUGGGAUUGACUCUGGCGAAUUUGAUGCAGCCUCAAGUGGCGGAUCUUUUAGGCCUAUUUACCAGGUCACUUUCUUCAAGCGCUGACAAAAAUGUUUCCCAGAACUUCAAAGAUCUGUUUCUGGGAACACCAUUACUGAUUGAUUUAAACCAUCAAGCACCUUUGAAACUGGAAGUUCAAUCAUCAGAGUUGGGACCAGCUAGAUGGCCAUUCUUUGUUUUCUUAGGUGGUUCUAUGUUCUGUCUUCUCUCUAGCAGCACAUGCCACCUCUUUUCCUGUCACUCCCAUACCUUAAACCUGUUCCUUUUAAGAAUAGAUUAUGUCGGAAUCACUGUAAUGAUCAUCACCUCCUUUUUCCCUCAAAUCUACUACGUCUUCUUGUGUGAUCCUCAUUGGCAAAUCAUCUACCUUGGAGGGAUCACAGCCAUGGGAUUGUUCACCAUUAUAACAUUGCUUUCGCCUGCUCUUACGACCAACAAAUACCGAGCUUUUCGAGCCAUGCUGUUCUGUUCCAUGGGACUUUUUGGCAUCAUCCCUGCAAUUCAUGCCACUAUUGUGAACUGGGGAAAUCCUAGGAGGAAUAUCACACUUGCAUAUGAAGCUGCCAUGGGCUUAUUUUACUUGACAGGGACAAUGUUCUAUGUUAGCAGAAUACCAGAAAGAUGGAAGCCCGGUUGGUUUGAUCUUGCUGGGCAUAGUCAUCAGAUAUUUCAUGUUUUUGUUGUGUUUGGUGCUUUGGCACAUUAUGCGGCUACUCUCAAAUUGUUGGAUUGGCGCGUCAACUUUGGGUGUGACAGGGUUCAUCAGUGAUUUAUAUGAUAUUUGUGGUAAAUAGGAAACAUAUUAUUUAAGUUGGGUAGAUUUUCUCGAAAGAGUCAAAAGUCUUUCUGGGGAAUCUUUGUGAAAGUAGUAGCAUAGUAAAAGGCGAUUCUGCCAAGUUAUUGAGAUGGUACUAUUUAUUCAUUUGAUUUGUAGGAUUUUCUAUAACUGUGAGAUAGUGUCAUAUUAGAAGUUUGAAGAUGUUGUUUAA